AUGUCUUCUCCUACCCAGAGCUACCAAGUCAACACUGCAAGCCACCAUGCAUUUCACCGUGUCCCCCUCCUUCUCGGCUUCCUGGCCGUCUCACCCUCCCUUUCAGCGGUUCUCCCGCGCAGCUCUAACGCAACGGGGUCUGUUCCCCUUCCUGGGCGUCUGUUGCACCAUUGGCCCAACGGGACGUGGGUGGAAAACAUCGCCGUGCGGCCCAAUGGCAACCUCCUGCUCACGACGUCCACCCCCAACGGCACCGUGUGGCAUGUGAAGCAGCCAUGGACCGAUACGCCCGAGGUAGAGCUCGCCUACAACUUCGACGAGUGGGUCGACCGUCUCAUUGGCAUCGGCGAGACCACCCCGGACAAGUACAUCGUCGUCGGCUCGCGCUUAUACUCGCCCGCAGCGUACUCCAGCCAGGUCGACCGGACCUUCGCCGCCAUGGAGCUCGACUUCACCGAGGAAACGCCCUCCGCUCGCAUGGUCGCCUGGAUGCCCGAGGCCACGCUGCUGCAGGGCGUCGCCGCCCUGCCGUGGAACCGGUCCACCGUCCUGAUCUCCGACCAGUACGUCCUCCGCCCGCGGAACGAGCAGGUCGACUGGACACCCAGCCCGGGCCAGAUCUGGCUCCUCGACACGCAGACCGGCGAUUAUGAGCUCGUCAUGACCAACUACACCGAGAUGAACACCACCUACGCCCACGGCAAGGACGUCGGCAUCGACGGCAUCAGGAUCCUGGACGACGAGCUGUAUUGGGUGAACCAGAAUACCGGUGGCAUCUACCGUGUCGCGCUCCAGAAGAACGGGUACCCCCGUCCCUACCGCCGUCCCCGAGUGUGGGACGAUUUCGCCUUUGGGGCCGGCGACGAGGAUCUCCUGUGGGCGACGGGUCUCAAUGCCGUCUAUGCCGUGUCAACGAAGAAAGGGACCGCUGUUGUUGUCGACGGCUUUGGAAGGAGCAAGUAUAAUUCGAACGUGCUGUACGUCACUGGCAAUCUGUACAGCGUCCCUGAUAACCUCUUAGAUGUCAAGAUUGGGAGCUGGGUGCGGGCUAUUGAUACUACCGGAUUCCAUCUCUAGAGAAGCCUGUCGCUUCAUGGGGAGGGGUUGAGGACAGUAAUAUGGGCACCAAUUGUGCCUAGUGUAUUUAUCUUGUACUCAAAUAGACCUUGCCUCAUUGGUACCGAGCUAUUCCUGGCAUAUCCAGUUUCCACGGCCUAUAGAGAAUAGAUUACUUGUGCAUUAGCAACUGGAAGUAUAUGCGUCAGAGAAUAAGGGCCUUCGUAUUCCGCGGGCUAAUUGUCGUCUUCUCCAAGUCCCAAGGUGCAAGUUUGUCG